GGUCGGGCCAAGCGCUUUGCCUCGGUCCCCCGUUACGUGGAGACCUUGGUGGUGGCCGACGAGUCGAUGGUGAAGUUCCACGGGGACGACCUCCAGCACUACCUGCUCACCCUGAUGGCCACGGCCGCCCGCCUCUACAAGCACCCCAGCAUCCGAAACCCCAUCCAGAUCUCUGUGGUCAAGUUCCUCCUCAUCGGGCAGGACGACAAGGGGCCCAAGGUCACUGGCAAUGCUGCCCUCACCCUUCGCAACUUCUGUGCCUGGCAGAAGAAGUGGAACAAGGUCAGCGACAAGCACCCCGAGUACUGGGACACCGCCAUCCUCUUCACCAAGCAGGACCUGUGUGGUGCCACCACCUGUGACACGCUGGGGAUGGCAGAUGUGGGCACCAUGUGUGACCCCAAACGCAGCUGCUCCGUCAUCGAGGACGACGGGCUGCCCUCGGCUUUCACCACCGCCCACGAGCUGGGCCAUGUUUUCAACAUGCCCCAUGACAACGUGAAGGCCUGCGAGGAGGUCUUUGGCCGGCUGAAGACCAAUCACAUGAUGUCCCCCACCCUCAUCCAGAUUGACCGUGCCAACCCCUGGUCAGCCUGCAGUGCUGCCAUCAUCACCGAUUUCCUUGACAGCGGCCAUGGAGACUGCUUGCUGGACCAGCCUGCCAAACCCAUCCCACUGCCCGAAGACCUGCCAGGAACAAGCUACAGCCUGAACCAGCAAUGCGAGCUGGCCUUUGGCGUGGGCUCCAAGCCUUGCCCCUACAUGCAGUACUGUGCCAAGCUCUGGUGCACGGGCAAGGCCCGUGGGCAGAUAGUGUGCCAGACACGGCACUUCCCUUGGGCAGAUGGCACCAGCUGUGGUGAAGGACGUUUCUGCCUGAAGGGUGCCUGCGUUGAGAGGCAUAACAUCAGUAAGUACAGGGUGGAUGGGGGCUGGGCAAAGUGGGCGCCCUACGGGCAGUGCUCGCGGACGUGCGGCGGCGGGGUGCAGCUGGCCAAGAGGGAGUGCACCAACCCUGUGCCUGCCAACGGGGGCUCCUACUGCGAGGGCAUCCGCGUCAAGUACCGCUCCUGCAACCUGGAGCCCUGCUCUGCUGCAGUGCCAGGGAAGAGCUUCCGUGAGGAGCAGUGUGAGGCUUUCAACGGCUACAGCCACAGCACCAACCGCCUCACUGCCUCCAUCUCCUGGGUCCCCAAAUACUCUGGUGUCUCACCCCGGGAUAAAUGCAAGCUCAUCUGCCGGGCUAAUGGCACUGGCUACUUCUACGUGCUGGCACCCAAGGUUGUGGAUGGCACCCCUUGCUCCCCAGACUCCACCUCGGUCUGCGUGCAGGGGAAAUGCAUCAAAGCGGGCUGCGAUGGGAAGCUGGGCUCCAAGAAGAAGUUUGACAAAUGCAGUGUCUGUGGAGGAGACAACAAGAGCUGCAAGAAGGUCUCGGGCUUGUUCACCAAACCCAUGCACGGCUACAACUUUGUGGUGGUCAUCCCCGCGGGCGCCUCCAACAUCGACAUCAGGCAGCGAGGCUACAAAGGGCUCAUCAGCGACGACAACUACCUGGCCCUGAAGAACGGGCAGGGCAAGUACCUGCUCUCGGCCGUGGAGAGGGACCUGAUGGUGAAGGGCAGCGUCCUGCGGUACAGCGGCACCGGCACCGCCGUCGAGAGCCUCCAAGCCUUCAAGCCCAUCCAGGAACCUCUGACUUUGGAGGUACUCUCCGUGGGGAAGAUGACCCCUCCUCGGGUACGCUACUCCUUCUACCUCCCCAAGGAGAGCAAGGAGGACAAGUCCUCCUACAAGAAGGAAGGCAAGACGCCGCCGGACCUCAACAACAGCGUCCUCA